AUGUUUCGUUUUUGGGGAGGGCAGGCUAAUCCACACGAUGAUCAUUCAGAUUUGAUCGAUCCCGAUGAAGAUACCGAUUGGACAUUCAACAACCAAGAACAACAACAAUACCAAUUUGAUGACAACGAGUUCCUUCUUUCUUCCUCAAUCAUUACUUCCGAAGAAGUAGAAAACAACAACCACCACCAUAACAAUAACAUCCAUAAUAACAACAACAUUAAUAACAGUAAUCACAAGAAGAAGAAGAAGAAGAAAUUACGCAUCUGUAUGGUUUCCGAUUUCUUCUAUCCAGGCUUUGGAGGUGUCGAGUCUCAUAUUUACUGCAUUGCCACUGGUUUAAUCCAACGAGGACACAAAGUCAUCAUCAUCACCUCUUCCUACGGCAAUCGGAAAGGCAUCCGCUACCUCUCCAAUGGUCUGAAAGUCUAUCAUGUACCAAUCUUUAAAAUUGAAACCGCAGCAGGAAGUGCCACUCUUCCAUUCGUCUUGUCGUUGGGUCCACUGAUGAGAAAUAUUCUCAUUCGGGAAGGGAUUGAAAUUGUUCAUGGUCAUCAAUGUACUUCCAACAUGUGUAACCAAGCACUGUGCCAUGCAAAAACCAUGGGUUUGAAAACCUUCUUUACCGAUCAUUCCUUAUUCGGAUUUGGUGAUCAUGGAGGUAUGCACAUCAAUAAGGUUUCGAGAUUGGUCUUGUCGGAGGUGGAUCAUGUCAUUUGUGUCUCUCAUACCCUGAAGGAGAAUUUGACAUUGAGAUCCUCCAUGAAUCCUUUCAAGAUGACGGUCAUUCCUCAUGCCGUGGAUACAGGUGUGUUUCAACCCAAGAGAAGAACCCUCGUAGAUCCGAAGGAACGUUUGAAAAUUGUGUCCAUCUCUCGUUUGGUGUAUCGAAAAGGAGCCGACAUUCUCAUUGCCAUCAUUCCCAUCAUUUGCAAAAAGUAUCCCAUGGUGGAUUUCAUUAUUGCAGGUGAUGGUCCCAAACUCAUUGAAAUGAAUGAAAUGAUUGAAAAGCAUGAAUUGUUUGAUCGGGUCGAAUUAUUAGGAGCCAAGCCUUACAGUGAAGUGCCUCAAGUGUUGCAACGAGGACACUUAUUCAUCAAUACCAGUCUAACAGAGGCAUUCUGUAUGGCCAUUCUGGAGGCAGCUAGUUGUGGACUCUUUGUGGUGAGCACCAAUGUGGGAGGAGUGAGAGAGGUCUUACCCGAUCGUGAGAUGGUUCUCCUGGCCGAUCCAACACCUGUGGCCAUGUGUGAGGCGAUUGAUGUGGCCAUUAAGGACUAUGUCUACAAGUGUGAUCCAUUGAAAACUCAUGCACGUGUACGUGAGAUGUAUCACUGGGAACAAGUGGUUGAGUGUACAGAGCAAGUCUAUAAUGCCAUGAUGGAGUCGGGCGAUGAGUGUCAGGUUGAGGAAGAGGAGGAGCGUGGUAGUGCUUGUUCAACAACAAAUUCAACGACGACAACAAGUUCUGGCAAGUUGAUCGAUCGACUCUUGUCCUAUCACUCUGCAGGAACCUAUCAUGGAAAGAUUAGUGCCUUAAUCAUGUUGCUGGAUCAUUUGAUAUUCUCAGUGUUGGUUUGGAUUUAUCCUAGAGAAUCCAUUGAUGUUUGUCCAGAUCCUACUCCUUUCUACAUUAAUUCUUCCUCUUUGAAGAAUCAUGAUGAUAACGGCAAGAAGAGUAAAUGA